GUGAUUGUGAGGGAAGAGAACGGGGUCCAGCAUCCGGUCUACUAUGUCAGUAAGACCUUGAGAGAUGCGGAGUUAAGGUAUUCCCGCCCGGAAAAGGCCAUGUUAGCGGUUUUUUGGACGGCGAAGAGGUUAACCCCGUACUUUCAAGCGCACCGGAUUGUGGUACUCACCAAUGAGCCUCUGGCAUCACUUACCCGGAGCCCAGCGGCAUCAGCCCGGAUGACCAAGUGGGCGGUCUUUAUCAGUCAGUACAAUGUGGAGUUCAAGACGCGUCCAUCAAUCAAAGGGCAGGCACUCGCCGACUUUCAGGUUGAGUGUACUGCCACGGAGAUGACAAGAGCCCAGGUCGGAACCCGGGUAGAAGAUGACUGGUGGGUGAUGAGCAUUGACGGAUCUUCCGGGUCUCGAUCCUAUGGAGCAGGUAUUGUCUUGAUCACUCUGGAAAAUUUCCGGAUAUAUUAUGCUAUCAGAUUUCAGUUCCGCGUAUCCAACAAUGAAGCCGAAUAUGAGGCCCUAAUCAAUGGACUGAGAAUCCUCGUCAAGCUGGGGGUGUCCAGGGUUCAAGUAUACAGCGACUCCCGCCUGGUUGUGGGACAAAUCAGUGGGGAGUUCGAAGUAAAGGAAGAAAGAAUGAAGAGGUAUCGAGACUUGACCUUGGAUAUGCUGGGAAGAUUCGAGUAUAAGCUAGAGCACAUACCCCGGGCGCACAAUGCAGAAGCUGACGUUUUGUCCAAGCUUAGCGCUGAAUCACCAGAAUAUAUAAGCAAGUUAGCAACUGUGGAGGAGUUGGCAACCCCGAGUCUCAACAGGGACGAAAUGCUCUGGGAUGGAGUCCUGUAUAAGCGGUCUUACAACGGCGUUUUACUCCGCUGUCUCAGGGCGGCAGAGGCAAAAGCGCUUAUAGAAGAGAUACAUGAAGGAGUAUGUGCUGCACAUCAGGGCCCAUACUCUAUUUCCAGAAGGGCGAUAAUCCAGGGAUAUUUCUGGCCAACAAUGAGGAAAGAUUGUGAGGAAUAUGUGCGUAAGUGCCCAACCUGUCAACAAUUUCAAAAUAUGCCCGGGAGGCCAGCCACGAAUUACACGCCCAUCAGUUCAGUGAUCCCCUUCUCCAGGUGGGGAAUCGAUAUUGUGGGUGCCCUGCCGAAAGGGAUUGCACAGGCAAGAUGGAUAGUGGUGGCCAUAGACUAUUUUACCAAGUGGGUGGAAGCUGAGCCACUUGCUGGGAUAACAGGGAGGCAAAUGAUUGACUUCGUGGGAACCAAUAUACUUUGUAGGUUUGGGGUCCCGAAGCAGAUCAUAUCCGACAACGGAACCCAGUUUGAGGAGGCAGAGUUCCAAGACUUCCUCAAAACUUGGGGAAUUCAGCAUACGAAGGUGUCUGUAGCCUAUCCCCAGGCUAAUGGACAGGUGGAGAACGUCAACAGGACAAUCAUAAGUGGGAUAAAAAAGAAGCUGCUAUCAGAAGGAAGCAGAUGGGUGGAUGAACUACCCAGAAUCCUGUGGACAUACAGGAGAACUCCUAGAAGAGCUACGGGUGACACUCCUUUUGGCUUAGCCUAUGGUUUUGAAGCCCGGGCACCAGCUGAGACGGUGAUCCCUACCAGGAGAGAAAUGGAAUAUGACCCGUAAGUGAACGAACAAAAUCAGGCCAUAGAGCUGAACUUCGUAGAGGAACGAAGGGAUGAAGCGCGGAUCCGGGCAGAGAAUUAUCGUCGCCAGGUGAAAUCUUACUUUGACAGUAGGGUGAAACCGAGGGCGUUCCAAGUGGGGGAUUACAUCCUGAGGAAGCGAGAGAAGAGUCAACCAACUAAGGGUGGAAAGCUGGCCAAGAAGUAUGAAGCACCUUAUAUCAUCAAGGCCGUUGUUCGCCCAGGUACCUACAAGUUGAUGACUCCAAAGGGAAAGGAAAUUGAUAGGACGUGGAAUGUAGAGCACUUGGUCAAAUUUUAUCAGUAAAGUUGUUUUGUAAAG